AUGUUCUUGAGUAGGAUCAUUUCAACCCUACCGCCCUACGUAGAUCCCAUUACGUCUGCAGUAUCUAGAUCCCUUCAAUGCGCCCUUGAGGCGUAUGCAUGUAGGCCCACAGGCAUCUCAAUUGAACUCGAGAGCCGCCUUGGCCAGAUUAUCGUUUUACCACGCCUUAAUUUUCAUGGGUUACCAGUCAUUUCUUCAAGCAACGCUGUACUUCAUCCCAAGAACUUGAAUCUCUAUCGGUUUAAAUCUGAAAUGGUGGUAAAGUCCCUUCUUCCGAUGGAAACUGGGCUUCAGAGACUUCGUCUGUUCGGCUCCCAAGGUCGGCAAUGGGCUACGACCUCUUCCACUAUAUCAAAAUCGUAUACAAUGAUAAUAUAUACAAUAAAUGGGCAUCGGUUGCAAUAUGGGAUCCCCUUGUCCACUGAAGUGAAAGCCAACUCACAUAUUCGAGCUAUGCGGCUACAAUCCAUCACGCUCAAAGACACCACUAACAUCACCGACGUGUUCUGCCCGGAAUGGGGAUGGGACUUUCGUCUAGCCAUAGCCAACGAGCGUGAAAUAGCGUGGCGAACUCGCAUCCCUUCCUCCACGAAUGCUGCCACCCAGUGCGUGACGCCCUCGGAAGGCGAUAGGGAGGGUGCUCAGGAUGCGGUGUUGGAUCUUUCGACCAUCGUCCCGAAUUCCACUCGGAUUCGUAUACGUCACCGCCUUCCAAUUGGGCCCUUUUUCUACGUCGAUCUUUCUAAGGAUCGGGUAACGCAUAUCCCAUCAAAUUUCUUCUCCAACACCUCGGAGCUCGAACUCCUUACGAUUCCUUUUCCUGUCGGCCAAUCGCCUGAGGCCCAAAUAGAGGUGGAGGUCAAUUUGCCAGCCCUCUACAAGGCCUGGCGGCGCUUCGGCCGGCGCAGGCGGCACCAGGACGCCGCGGUGGCGGGCGACGAACCCGCCAAUAGGGGAAGAACCGCGGCUGAAGUUUGCCCCCAUCAGACCGUGGAUCCCUUUCUCCGGCACGUCGCGCUCGAAUGGUUGGCGCUGCUUCAGUUCAUGUGCAGCGUACGCCCGAACCUAUAG